UGCACUGUUAUGAUACACAACACCAGGAACCUACAAGGGGUCUUAACAAGUUAUUUUAGUAGCCGGUACUAAUCCUCGUUUAGCAAAUCCAUCUGGUCAAUUGCCAUGGCAACUGGAGAUUCGGUCAUCAUUUCGUAGAACAAGCUUUUGGAUAUUUUUUCAUCGUUUCACUUUAAAAGAAAAAAGUGCUAGCUGUGAGUCAUCGGUUACGUCACAGAAUUAUCAGGAAACAUAGGAAGGUGGCUGUGAAUUCCAAGCGAACAAAGUAAUUGUUGUUAGUUACAAGUGGUGCGGUUAUGGACUAGAGAAAGUAGUACCAAGUACCGGCCUGGAACAGAACGAUGAGUCGCCCAAAACGUCAGCCCGUGCCGUUCGCAAAGUCGUUUGAGAAGGCCGGAAGGAAAUAUGGUUUCAACAGAGAAAAAGUGAGAGAACUACACGACACGUUUUGUGUUUUUGACAAAAACGGAGACGGUCUGAUAACGGCAGAUGAACUAGGAACCGUCUUGUUUAAACUGGGACAAAGACCAUCUGCGAACGUCCUCAACGGUCUGAUGCGCUCCGUCGACGUCGAUAGAAGCGGAAGUAUAGAUUUUGAGGAGUUCCUGGAGAUUUUUACUCGGAAACUGUCGAUUGACCCAGAAAAGGAAUUACAUGAGGUGUUCCAGGUGUUUGAUAAUGACAAGGACGGAGGCAUAUGUCCGGAUGAGCUUUACACAGUACUGCAAAAGUUAGGCGAGAACAUCACUCGGGAUGAAGCCGAUGCUAUGAUAAAGGAAGCAGAUAUUGACAUGGAUGGCAAGGUUGAUUAUAGAGAAUUCAAAGCGAUACUGAACGUGAGAUAGUAAUCAACAAUGAAAGGAAAUUAUUCAGUAUCUUAUCGUCUGACAGUCAUCCAUUAGGUGGUAUGGAUGUUCCGGAUAAAUGGAUUUACACUCUUUAAUCCGGCGUAAUCAGAUUUAUCCGGAUAGGCGCAUUCAUAUGAUACAUUUUUAUGUUGAUUUAACAGACAAAUGGAACAAUAUGGUACUUGUAAAUACAAUACAUUAUCUGUAUAAUUUUCAUAAGCGAAAUGGACUCGACAAUAUAUCAAGGAAAUCUGCAUUUUAGAAUCGGCUUUGUAUAACAAUUUAUUGAUGUCUGUGAGUUUUUUUUUAUUUGCUGUUCAGUUAUCGUAUUCAACGCAUUUUUGUGUACCUUCGCUCCCAAAUGGAGUUUACGCUGUAAAAAGCAUACAUGUAGAUUAUAUGUGUGACGUUUAGACGAUGGAUAAAGACUAUCCAAAGAGCACAGAGAUUCAUGACGUCACAACAAUAUGUGUACACAACAAAAGCAGUACUAGAGAUGCUUGAACCUAUGGAAGCAGGUAUUGUCAGAAGAGUACACGGACUUAAAUGAAAAACAUGGACAUAAGACCAUUAAUCAUGAUUUAUCAUCGACAUAUAUACUUAUAUAUACUAAAAAAAACUUUACAUUUUUUUACUUUCAUUUUGUUAAAUUGAGGAUAUGCCAUAUACUAACUUACAUUUAUUGAUUAAAGUAAAUGUUGAUGUUCUAAG